AUGGCGUCAACCUCGCCUUCCACUUCUGUGUCGGACCGCAGCAUCGGAUCCCUAACAAACAAAUCCGGGCCAACUAUUCCAUCUCGCACAUCCUUCUCCGAACACGAGUGUCACAAUACAGUCAUCGGCCAGAAGACUACGAACCCUGACUCCGACUCCGACUCCAACUCCAUAUCCUUCCAGCGAUUACGUCGAAGACCGUUCCAGCGUCUACCCAUUCCCGCCUCUCAACUCUUCGCUUCCGCAUACGGCGAUUCUGAAGACAACGACAACCACUCCAGCCAUCCUGUUGACGGUGAAAAGGAUCAUAGCCCAACCUCGUAUCACGCGCAACUAGUAUCCGACGACGAAAGCUUCCCACGAUCACCAAGUAACUCGCCGCUCUCGCGCCUGCACGCAAAGAAAAGGUCUCCACGUGCGCUAUACGCAGCUUUACGCAGUGGAUUUGUCAGAAAGAGACUUGCUCGGGGCAGAAGCGCGAGUGAAAGCUACUCAAAUAAGCAGCCGCGAAGACAACCACGCGAAGGGCUACAGCUCGAGCUCGAAGAUCUCCUUUUACCCCGGAAGAAGGUUGCCGGACGAAAACCGAUCCCUGAGAGGCUUUUGAGGGAUUUCGAGCAUCAGGACCAAGCUCAGGGACGCAGUUUUUCCGCGCCGGAUGUCUUUUCGCUUUCGCACCUGCAAGACGAUAGUGAAGCUUUUCUGCGAGAAGGUAACUCUUUGGGACUAUAUGUUCCGAAUGACGUCGAGCUACAACAUCAUCAUCAAGAUCAUACAGUGGGGGGAACAGUCGCUGCACUCACUUUUGGCUCCAGCGACCUUCCCGAACACAUCUCGUUCGACACUUCAUUGCUCGAUUCAACUCCUGCGCUCGCUUCUCCAUCCUGGCCUCAACAGCGCCUGAGGAGAACUACACGAUCGAUCUCCGAAUCGCAUCAUAAUAGACAGCGAUCUUCACUUGCUCGUACUCUUCUUCUUGACGCAGCUUCCGCGAUCACAUCCUUCACCCUCGGGUCUUCGGGAUCGAGCUCAGGCGAUUCGGAUAGCGACGUUAGUUCGCAGCAGUAUACAAGAAGAUUUCGGACUCGAAGCGGAAGUGAGCCCGUUUAUCCUUCUCCAUCCAUCCUUGAGGCGGCAAACUACACUGUCGCGCAACCACCUCCCUAUCUACGACGGGUCUCUAGAAAGAGAGAAGGAGAGAUGCGUACAAUUUAUCUGUCUCCUCACUCGCCUCCCACUGCUUUCGCCUCUAGCUUCCGGACCUCUCAUCCCAACCUCGUCCACCCAUCUCAACGCUCCUCCUCAUUGCAACAACAAGAUGUCUCGGCAGCGAGCGACAAUGAUCCGGUCGAGAUGCUUUUGACUCCCGAUCCCGACCCGUCCGCAUACUUUCAGCAGAUGGAUUCGCCCACCCUCCCCACCCACAAUCACGCUCCUGACAGCUCUCGCAACAAACAUUCUCCUCAAUGGGACUUGAACAGUAUCAGUGGGUCGCAGAACAGAAACUCCGAGCCAUCUAGGGCGUCGAUGCUGGUGAUGCAGCAGAACAUUCAGAUGCGGAAUCUACAGAGACAACUUUCGCCUCCACGGGCCGAUCCACAUGCCUCGCCGGAUCGUAGUCCUGGAAGAAGCAGGAGAAGAGAGGCAGAGGAAGCAGGGAAGAUGUAUCCCACUGGGGAGGAUGAAACGACGAGCGACACUAGGAUGAAAGCGGAAGAGUCGAAAGAGGGUGGGAAGAUCAAUCCGAUCAGACAGUACGGUGCCUUGAGGAUGAGGAAGUGGCCUUCGUCAGAGGAAGUUGGCGGAGAUCACGGGCUGGACAGAAAGCAGAGUAACGAAAAGAAACGGAACGAAAAGGCGAUUGGAUUGAGACACAUGUUUUCAAACCCGGCGCUCGCGGAAGAAGCAAAGGAAGGCGAGGAGCUGGCUUCCUUGAGGCAGAGACGCGCCAAGCCUCCAAUCAGCAUCGCCCUUCAUUCGAACGUUCACAAUCAGUCAACCGGUAGCACGAUUGCAAGCAACCGCAACACCAGAGCCAGCGCCGAUCUCAUGGGUGCAGCCAUACCGCUGCGCAAAAAACUCAGCAAGUCAAUUCUUUCACCGACCGCUUCGAUCCAUUCACCACCACCCUGUCCACCUCCUGCAGUACCGUUACCCGACCUACCCACGCCAAGAUCGGCACCCAUCGAACAGACAGCACCUCGAUCCCUCAACACCCAAAGAUCCUUCGUGCGUUGUUCAUCGACCCCUGUCUCGCCGUUCGAAGCCUCUCGUACUCAGUCGGAUGCUCAAGCGGGUGCACGUGGUACGACGAAUAGUCAAAGCUUCAACGUCCUCGGUGCCGUUCAGCCUCUAGCCACAAUAUCCGCUUCAACAUCCAGCGCUAGCAGCGGAAAUGCAGGGGAAGCAUGGAGAUACUCGGCCACUGAUUCGAGCAGCGUUCGCACUCCGCCGUUGACGGGCGGGAUGCAUCUGUCUGCGAUCGAGCGAGGUCAACUACCGUGUACGCCGCUGUCGGCGCAAACGGAUGCGUCUGUACCCACACCCGUGACGGCUCAGCCUGCAGCGGUCGGUGGAAGAUUCGAAUCACUGCUCGCUUCGCUCUCGUUCAAGCCUCGUGCUGAUGAAGAAGCUAGAUCGAGCCCGCGAGUGGACAGGAAAGACUCGCUGGGCGGGGAUAGCGAGGACAGCUCGGCCGCUGUUCACGAGCCGUUCGUCUACGGGCUGGCUCUAUAA